AUGAUCUCACGCUACAAACCGAGUCCGUCAGCCACAAUGUCCUUGGCGUUCUGUGGGAAUGAGAACAACUCGUCUGCCUACAACGUGGACGGAGGUGUGCUGAACAACGGCUGCUUUCUGGACGCCCUCAACGUGGUGCCCCAUGUCUUUCUGCUCUUCAUCACCUUCCCCAUCCUCUUCAUCGGAUGGGGCAGUCAGAGCUCCAAAGUCCACAUCCAUCACAGUACGUGGCUGCACUUCCCCGGUCACAACCUGCGCUGGCUGCUCACCUUCGUCCUCCUCUUCGUCCUUGUCUGUGAGAUCGCAGAGGGAAUUGUGUCUGAUGGCCUCAGUCAGUCCCACCACCUGCACCUGUACAUGCCUUCAGCUCUGGCCUUCAUGGCUGGCAUCACAUCCAUCAUUUAUUAUCACAACAUCGAGACCUCCAACUUCCCCAAGCUACUCAUAGCUCUGCUCAUUUACUGGGUCCUGGCCUUCGUCAUGAAAACCAUCAAAUUUGCCAAAUACACAGAGCACGGGAUCGGCCUGAGACAGCUGCGCUACUGCAUCACCGGGCUGCUGAUGCUGCUGUACGGACUCCUGCUCUCAGUGGAGAUCAACGUCAUCCGGGGAAGACGCUACAUGUGCUUCGCCAACCCCACAGAAGUGAAGCCCCCGGAGGACCUCCAGGACCUGGGGGUGCGAUUCCUGCAGCCGUUCGUGAACCUGUUGUCCAAAGCCACAUACUGGUGGAUGAACACAUUCAUCACAUCCGCUCAUAGACGUCCCAUUGACCUCAAAGUCAUCGGCAAACUGCCCAUCGCCAUGAGAGCGCUCACCAACUACAUCAAGCUACGCAAAGCCUUUGAGGAUCAGAAGAAGCCGCAGGGGACAGCAUCGCAGGGUCCCAAGUGGAUCUGGCAGGCCCUGAGGAAAGCGUUCGGCCGACCAUUGAUCCUCAGCAUCACGUUUCGCUUCCUCGCCGACCUGCUCGGGUUUGCUGGGCCUCUGUGCAUUUCAGGAAUCGUGCAUCACAUCAGUAAAGACAACCGGACGAUACAGCCUCCGAGGAAGCUGCUGGGGAUUUAUUUCAUCUCCUCUAAAGAGUUUCUGGAGAAUGCGUACGUGUUGGCUGUGCUGCUCUUCUUUGCCCUGCUUCUCCAGAGAACAUUUCUUCAAGCCUCGUAUUAUGUGGCCAUAGAGACUGGGAUAAACCUGCGAGGGGCAUUUCAGACGAAAAUCUACAACAAGAUAAUGCGUCUGUGCACCUCCAACAUGUCCAUGGGCGAGCUCACAGUGGCGCAGAUCUGCAACCUGGUCGCCGUGGAUACCAACCAGCUCAUGUGGUUCUUCUUUCUGUGUCCAAACCUGUGGGCCAUGCCAUUUCAGAUCAUGGUGGGAGUGUUCUUGCUCUACUACCUCCUGGGAAUCAGUGCCUUGAUUGGAGCCACUGUCAUCGCUGUGUUGGCCCCUGUGCAGUACUUUGUGGCCACUAAACUGUCUCAAACACAAAAGAGCACCCUGGAAUAUUCCAGUGAACGUCUAAAGAAAACAAAUGAACUUCUGAGAGGGAUAAAGUUGUUGAAGUUGUACGCCUGGGAACGAAUCUUCUGUGACAGCGUGGAGGAGACCCGAGAGAAGGAGCUAACCAGCCUGAAGGCCUUUGCUCUCUACACCUCCAUCUCCAUUUUUAUGAAUGCGGCCAUUCCCAUCGCUGCCGUGCUAACUACGUUCGUGGUCCAUGUGCACAUCUCAGAGGACGCAGAUCUGUCCCCAGCUGUGGCCUUUGCCUCUCUGUCCCUCUUCCACAUCCUGGUGACCCCCCUCUUUCUGCUCUCCACCGUGGUGCGCUCCACUGUCAAGGCUCUGGUGAGUGUUCAGAAACUCAGUGAAUUUUUCUCGAGUGACGAAAUCGGGGACGAACAAGAACCCAGAGCCACGGUGAUGUCCGCAUCCAGCAAUCACAACCAAAACAAGUACCAGGCUUUGUCUAAGUUUUUCUCACAGCCGCUGAAGGUGGUGAACCGGAAGCGUCCGCCGCGAGACGACUGGAACAACUUUGGUUCACCAGGACAAUGUGACGGAGACGGACCCUCGCAAGACACGGACCAGAACACGUGCAUCAAGAUCAUAAGCGGCUACUUCACAUGGACAGAUGGACCCCCAACGCUGUCGAGCAUAGACAUCAAGAUUCCUUUUGGUAAACUGACCAUGAUCGUGGGCCAGGUGGGUUGUGGGAAGUCUUCACUGCUGCUGGCGGCGCUGGGCGAGAUGCAGCGAGUGUCGGGACAAAUAACAUGGAACAGUUUCCCAGACCUUGAAUCCGAGGAGGCUGAGAGUCCCACCGACAGGGAUGCGGCGGGUGAUGGAGAAAUCGGGAAGAGGGGGCCUGUAGCGUACGCCUCCCAGAAACCUUGGCUGUUGAACACUAGUGUGCUGGAAAACAUCACGUUUGAGAUGCCAUUGAUUAAAUCCAGAUACAACGCUGUGAUCGAGGCGUGCUCCCUGCAGCCUGACAUCGACAUCCUUCCUCAGGGAGACCAGACAGAGAUCGGUGAGCGGGGGGUGAUCCUGUCGGGGGGGCAGAAGCAGCGCAUCAGCGUGGCCCGGUCCCUGUAUCAGACGACCAGCGUAGUGUUUCUGGACGAUCCGUUUUCAGCGCUGGACAUUCACCUGAGUGACCACCUGAUGCAGGAGGGGAUCCUGAAGAUGCUCCGAGACGAGAAGAGGACAGUGGUGCUGGUCACUCACAAGCUUCAGUACCUUCCUCAUGCCGACUGGAUCAUUGCGAUGAAAGAUGGCACCAUUCAAACCGAGGGCACUUUGAAAGACAUCCAAAACUCAGAGCCAGAAUUGUUCGAGCAGUGGAAGUCGCUGAUGCACAGAAAGGACCAGGAUUUCGAGAAGGAGACUGUUGCAGAGAGCGUGACGGACCUGGAGAGGAAGAACCUGCGCAGAGCCAUGUAUUCAAGAGAAUCCGUGAGGACAGAGGAGGAGGACGAAGCUGCUGCGCUCAUGUUCGAAGGAGCAGAGGAGUCGUUGGAGAGCGAGGACGACGAUAACCUCUCUCUGGUGAUGCGUCAGCGCGCCACCAUCCCCUGGCGCUCCUGUGGCACGUACCUGUCCUCCGCGGGGCCCCUGCUGCUCGGCCUCCUGCUCCUGUCGCAGCUGCUCAAACACUCCCUCAUGGUGGCCAUCGACUACUGGCUGGCUCACUGGACGUCCCGCGUGAUCGCCGCCAAGAUCGAGGCCACGGCUCACAACUGCUCCAUGGUUCAGGGAGGGAUUCUGCUGACGCCGUGGGUUUGA